CUUUCGUCGAGCGCGACCAUCUUGGUCUUGAUCAACACAAGCGAUUCUCGCCAGUCAUCGCGAUCGGAUCGCCGCUGACCGGAUCGCCUUUGAUCCACUCGACCAGCUCCCCAAAUCAGAGUCGCAGACGCUGUCCUUCAUGCAAGCCCCCACGAGAGUGCAAGUGCUGUCGCUCUACCGACAGUUUCUCAAGUCGGCCAAACAGCUACCCACAGCAGAGCGCCGUGAUCUGGUCAAAAAACGGGUGCGGCACGAGUUCCGGAAGGGCAAAGUCGCCCCAGCCAUCGUCCCAGAAGAUGCGAUUGGAACGGAAAUGGCCAGCCCGGCCGAAACAAGCGGGUUCCUGUAUGAAUUCGGUCUCACGCAGCUCGAGAAUCUACAGGCUCAGGUGCAGCACCUCCGGCAGCUCCGAGACCAGCCGCUUGUCGUGCCCCUGGACAUUUACACCCCAAGCAAGCCGCGGCCGGCAGUGAGAGGCAAGGCGAGCUAUCUGUUCCGGACCGAGGAGUGGGCGGGCUCGCUCGGAUGCAAGAAGCGAUAGAAUGUCCACGCCAUGAACCGGGAUGCCCUUUGCGCCUGCAAGCCAUCUGGAUCUGAAUCUAAGCAGCACAUCCACCAUGUCAAUCGGCUUUCGUCGUGCUGCCGCAGAGAGCUGCUGCAGCGGGUUGCUUCGGCGGGCGCAGAGCGAGCACCCGGCGCAGUGCGCAGCACGGCCGAGUGUGCGAUGGUCGCACGGGGA